AUGAGGCCUAAGGCGUUCACCUAUCUUGGCGACAUCAUAGUGGUCACGGAGACCUUUGAGGAGCAUCUGUGCUGGUUGGAGAUGGUUUUAGAUAGGAUUUCCGAAGCUGGCUUGACCAUGUACCCAGAUAAGAGCAAGUUUUGUUAUGCCGAAGUUCGAUAUUUAGGCUUCAUAGUCUACAAACAAGGAUGGAGGCCAGGCCCGGAUAAAAUAUCUCCCAUCCUUACGUACCCAGCUUCCCGCACGGUUAAACAGCUUCGUAGAUUUAUGGGGUUAGCAUCAUGGUACAGGUGGAUCAUUUCGGAGUCUGUUAAAGUAACGGAACCCUUGACCAGACUAUAUAAGUUGAACGUGAAGUGGCAUUGGGGGGAGGAACAGCAGGGGGCCUUCGACUGGAUUAAAAAGGCUCUGACCUCUGCACCUAUUCUCGCUUAUCCCUCAUUCGGUGAUAUAGAGAAGAACCCCUUCGACCUGCAGACAGAUAAUAGUGCUACCGGUGUGGGUAUGGUGCUGACUCAAGUCCAGGAUGGCCAGGAGAAGGUGAUCGCCUUCGCGAGUCGCACCCUGUCCACAGCCGAACGCAAUUAUUCGGUAACCGAGUUCGAUGCGUUGUAUGACCCCAGUUCAACUAGGACACUUAUUCGUGGCGACUUAGUUCCAAAGAUCCCGGACGCCCUGGGCAACGAUUUAGACAAUUCUCUAAAAUCUUCUAUGACUUUAGCAAAUGGUUCUAGAGACGAGAUCUUAGGUGUGGUCGAGUUACCUUUGACAAUAGACGGGACUACUAAGGUUUUCGAAGUUAGGAUAGCCACCAAUUUGUAUACCGAGUUUGGUUUAGGCCUAGACGCGGCUGGCAGCGCAAAACUGCAGGGCUGGCAGCGCAAGACUGGACGUAAAGUGGCCCUCGCGAGUUGCACCUUGUCUGCUGCAGAUCAUAAUUACAGGGUUACCGAGCGUCCGUGCCUCACAGUAGGGUUCGGGAUUAGAAAAUUCCGAGUGUAUCUGGAGGCUUUUCACUUCAAGUUAAUUCUAGAACUUCAAGCUUGGAAGUUGGUAGUCCCAGAUGAGUUCACAUCUAGAAUGUUAGAGGAGGCUCGUUUGGAACCUCAAACAGGACAUUUGGGAAGGGACAAGGCCUAUGCGCGAGUAGUUCUUAUGUAUUACUGGUCCGAACUGUAUUCCGACGUGGCGCACUUCGUUCAGAGAUGUGGCACUUGUCAGAGGUGUAUACUUGAACAGACUCACCGGGCAAAUACCUCCUAG